AUGGCGUCGGCCGAAGCCAAGCAAAUCCUGGCUGCAAUCCAAGCCCAGCCAGGCAACAAUAACUGCUUUGACUGCAACGCGUUCAAUCCGCAGUGGGUUUCGCUGUCGCACGCCACGUUCGUCUGCCUCGACUGCUCGGGUCGCCAUCGUGGCCUUGGUGUGCACAUUAGCUUCGUGCGAUCCGUCACGAUGGACAAGUGGAGCGAUCAACAGCUCGCCAAGAUGAAGGCCGGCGGGAAUGCAGCUGCACGAGAGUUUUUGAGCUCGCAGCCUGACUGGCGGAAUGAUGCGUCCAUCGAGCAAAAGUACAACACAAUGCCUGCUGCUUUGUACCGCGACAAGCUGUCUGCGGCCGCAGAAGGGCGAUCUUGGAAUAUCAACUCUGCCCGACAGACGGUCGUUGUCUACGGCGCGCCCUCAGCCACGGCGUCCCGCACAGCAUCCCCAGCCCAGUCAUCGCUGGACAACUUUUACGCGUCAUCUUCCAACGCCGCAUCAUCAACAUCGCUUGGUUCUAACAGCAAGCACGGCAGCAGUGGCAACAUGUACUCUGAGAGCGCCAUCCAGCAGUCCAUCAGCGGCAAGGAUGACUUUUUCAAGCGCAAGCAGUCCGAGAACGCCAUGCGAUCGUCGUAUGGCGGCAAGUACACUGGGUUUGGAUCGUCCAGCUCGACGUCCUCUGGUUCGUCCAAGUCGAACAACAAUGGCGGUGAAAUGUUUGACGACGCGUGGGCAUCCUUCUCGACCGGAUGGGCCUCGUUCACCGCGGGUGCAUCCAAGCUCGCAACAUCCGUCUCGGAGCAAGCUACCAAACUCGGCAGUGCCGUGCAGACGAACGUGAUUGCUCCCACCUCGGAGAAGCUGCACGAAGGCAAGCUCCUGGACGAAGUGUCGUCGUUCGCCAGCAAGGUUGGAGCAGGCAUGCAGUCGCUGUGGCGUGAUGCGGAUCGGAUGCUGCACAACAAUGGCAGUGACCCGUCGGGCUCUCAGCAGCAGCAGCAGCAGCAGCAGCAACAGUCGCAACUCAGUGGCGACGACGACGGCUGGGCCGGCUGGGGAGAGCCUGCACCUGCCCCUGCACCCGCACCGCAAGCGCAGCUCCAGGCAGUGAGCAGCAACAAUGUGCCACGCACAAACUCAGCCAGUCCCGCCACUGGCUCGAGCUUCUCUGGCUUCGGGACAAGUCAAGCUCAGGACGACGACGACGACGACGACGAGAAUCCUUUUGCCGCCCCGAAGGUCCAACGGCAGCAGUCUGGCAGCUCCAAACCACAGCAAGCUGGAUCAUUCUCUUCCUUUGGCUCAACCGUACCAGUCAAGGAACUCAUGAAGCAGAAUGCCGCCGCCAAAGCGCAGCAGGCACCGGCUUCCACUGGCUGGAGCGACGACUGGCAGGACGAUGACAACGCCUGGGAGUCGAUCAAUUCCAAGGCCAAGUAGAGAGGCUUGAUGUUGAUUUGAGGGUGAGAAAGGGAACGGGGGUUGGCGGUGGCGGCGGUUGCAUUUUUUUUUUUUUUGUUCGCGCUUCACCUUAGCUCCGCCCCGCCCCCUUUUCCCCGAUUCCUUGUUUUAUCUCGUGGAUGAGCAAUACAGUAAUAAAAUCUUGUAUGUUUCCAAA